AUGUUUUUUCCGGUGAGACCUAACGCUGUCAAAAAUCGGAAAACGAAAUCCUCUUCAACAUCUGAAAGUCAAUCUCCAUCAUCCGCGAAGCGUUCGUCUCAGGGACAAGGACGGACCUCCCGCACGUCAACCAAGGAAACAAAGUCUUCCGAACGCACGGCUCACUCCUCCACAUCCUCGCUUUCUAACCGUGCCCCUCUCCGGCGCUCCUCGAUGCCUGGCCUUCCAGAUACCGCGAGCCGGGCGGAUACAGCUUCAUUCCUGGAAUCGAGGACCAGCCUACCAUAUCCGACCUUCUCUAAAGCACAUAGCAAAGAAGAUGUUCGCCACCGCGACAUUCCCACCCCCGACCCGACAGACUUGACCGCUCAAAAGGAGAAUGGCCCCAGUCAGGACCGCGCAGAGAACCACCAUGCCCCUCCUAGCCCACCUUUGACUGGUCUCGAUCAGGAGUCAUCACAAAGAGGCAGUGCUGUUGGCAAGCAAGAUGACAAGGAGGAAGAAAAGCCAAAAGCGAAGAGGGGCAGCAUCAGAAUCAGGACAACCGAGAUCAAUCGGUCGUCCUCGAGUCUGCGAUCAAAGAGAGAUGACUCCGCGAAGAGAGCCGACUCCACCAGGUCAAGCAAGACCACCCGGGCAGAUACACCGAAAUCCAAGUCCUCUCGUCCCGACAAGGAGACCUCCUCCCCUCGAGUGAGCCACAAGCCAUCAAAGACGAAGCUCCCCGAAGAAAGGAGCUUGCCCAAGCGAUCGAGUCGCUCAACCAUGUCGCCUUCGCAGUCGACAGUCCGCGAUGUUGGCACAGAAUCCACGAAUGGAUCUGAUGCCACUUCGAUCGCUCCUCAUCAGCAAUAUAACCCGCCUCGAAAACCCAGGUCUCCGCCCGCAAAACCUCCUUCUCGCAGUCAAACCCGAUCGGCCGCAUCCCACCGCCAUACACCAAGUGAUGAUUCGAUCGAUUACGGAAGGCCUGUCAUGCCUGGACCAGGCUACGGCGCGCCCCCGCCGCCCCCGCCGCCCCCGCAAAUGCCUAUCACCGUCCCUAGAGUGGACUAUCUCCUCCAGCACGGUGGUUUAGAUCAUCGAGUUCCGCGGACACUGCUUCCUGUCCCAGCCGUUUCGGAUCCUUUCUCUCAAUCAGCGGCGCAGCCCCAGCGGGCAGCUGCGGAUGUCUUCGAGCCCUUCAGCCAAUUGCUCGAUGAUUACCAAAAGGUUAUGAGCAAAAAUGGCUCACUUGCCGUGGCCACUGGGUAUCGUUCCGUUGCACGUCGAUUGCUCGACCGCCUCGAGGCUGUCUUUGCGCGCGAUAUCUCAUCGGAGCCGUGCAAUUGUCUUAUGUGCGACCAUGAUGAUACCGAAGAUCGCCCUGAAGGUGUUAGUUGGGGAGAAGUGCUGGAAUUAGUGUCCGGACGCCGCGAGCUGCCCAUGUGGCCCCCAUUCACGAUGGCUGCCUCGACCGUAGAAGCUGGAGCGCCUGGUGAGGAGCACAUUCCCAUGCAGAAGCUUGACGUCGAUGUUCCCGAAGAAUAUCGCGACCAUUUUAUCCGCCAAUCUCGCAAGACCAAAGUGGCGGUUGACAAGUGGUUAUCCGAGCAGACGGAUCCAGCGAGCAGUGCUCCUGAUGAGGUCGACGAUGAGACUUUGACUUUCGCAAUGCUCACACAUCUGGAACCUCAUCAACGCUCGUUAUUCUGUGCGCUUCUGGGAAUUAACUCCUCGACUCCCGUGCCACGAUCAGGCGACGAAAAACCGCGCCACCGACCUUCGCCCUUGAUUUCUUCGUCACAGGCCCUGCAACGGCUCUAUCGUCUCCCCUCCUUGCCCCGCGACCCAGAAACCGCCAUGUUUAUGCUGAAUCAUCCUAACUUGCACCAUGUAUUGGCAACUCUUGCAGCCAUCACUGAUGACGAGUGGGACAUUCUGAUCUCCGGCCGAUUUGAUGGAUUCUUGCGCAGCGGCAUAGAGGAUCCCGUGCCCUCUGCCAAUGCCCGCUGGAGUGGCAGCCGCUCAAAUACUCCCUUCAGUGCCGCGGGAGUUUCGCGUGGGCCGACGCCGAACUAUAUGGACGGCAGCUUUCGGCCAGCAGGCCAGGCGACCGGAGGACCAUCAUCACCUGCGUCCUUUGGAGGACCGAUCGCACUGGACGAGGAAACGGAAAUUGCCGCACUCGCUGAGAUUGAGAGAGACAUAUUCCGUGGAAUGGAAGCCCUCGAAGAUGCCUUUGAGGCACUUCAUCUCAAGGCUGAGGCCGUUCGUAUCGCACUACGUGAACGCAGCGCCGGUCUCUCAGUUGCCAACCAGAAUCGACGCGGCUCUUACGUGGAAGCCCGUCUCGGAACUCCCGCCUCAGGCAUCCAUGCUUGGGAAAGCGGCACGGAAGAUGACGGGUUGGACGACGAUCGCUCUUUGGCUCCCGAUGACUCUGCGAGCAAUAUUAGCUCGAAUCGUCGCCGGCGACCAAAGCGACGCACAGAACGCCGGACUCCUGCGCCGGUAGAGGAGGAAGAUGAGGACGAGGAUGGGGUUCAUGUGAGCCGUCGUGACAGCCGCAACUCGCGACGCAGAUAG